CAGUGAGGCAGGUCCUGCAGAAAAGGGAAAGGCAUGGAAAAGUAUCAUCAAGCUUCUGCAACUCUACUUCUUCAAUGUUUCCCCACUGUACUCUUCUGUUUCCUUGCUGCAGGUAUAGCGAAAGCUGAUGCUGCUACGAAGCUGUUUGUGUUCGGGGACUCGUAUGCUGAUACCGGCAACUGGGGGAGGUCAGCUAGCUCCUGGAAAGAGCCCUAUGGGAUCACAUUUCCUGGCAAACCAGCAGGUCGAUUCUCUGAUGGCAGAAUCUUCACAGAUUAUAUGGCUUCAUUUCUGGGAAUAGAAUCCCCAAUACCCUACACGACAGCAAUGGCGACUGCACAGGACUCUCGUAGUCGUCAUCUUCAGUAUGGGAUGAACUUUGCUUAUGGAGGAACAGGAGUGUUUGACACCUUCAUCCCUGCACCAAAUAUGUCUGUCCAGAUCAAUCUGUUUGAGAAGACUAUUGAGGAACAAAAAGUCUACACCAAACAAGACCUUCUCAACUCCUCCUUUGCCUUGCUGUCAAUAGCAGGCAAUGACUACUUGACCUAUGCCAACAAAAAGGGCAAUCCUCAGGAAUUACCAGGUCUGACUCAGAGAAUCAUCGCUCAGCUUUCUGAAAACCUGAACCUCAUCCAUGGCUUAGGAGUUUCAAAAGUAGCAAUCACCACUCUGCCACCAAUUGGUUGCUUGCCAGUGGUGGCUGCUGCAAACUCGUACCGGGAUUGCAAUGAAACCUGGAACUCUGCAGCCAAGUACCACAACCAGCAGCUGCAUCAAGCAGUGGAAUCGUUAAACAACAGGACCAGCAGGAGUAAUGUUUUCGGAAUCCUGGACACAUUCAGUGCAUUGAUGGCUGAGUUUAAGAAAUCGAACGGUUCAGGUUCUGGUGACAACCCACUGAAGCCAUGCUGCAUCGGGGUGAGCAGUGAUCACUCGUGUGGAGAUGUCGACGAGAAGGGGGGCAAUGGAGGAGCAAAGAAAUAUGUGGUUUGCAACAACCCAAGCCUGUCUAUGUUCUGGGAUAUGCUUCAUCCUGCCCAGAAUGGCUGGCAAGCUGUUUAUCAAACUCUCAAACCUUCUCUUCAUGAGAUGAUGAUAUAGUUGAAAUAGCCUAAAGCUAAAUGCAUACAGACAACAGAGGCAAGCAGAACAGCUAAGAAAACAUACUGCACUUAGAAAUAACGUAAGAAAGCCAUUCUCGCUUUGCUCAUUUCGAAGGAGUCUGUACAUUAUCUAUGAAUGUUCUGUCUUUUCUGUUACAACUAAGAAAAUAACAACUAGGUGAGAUUAUCAUUAUGGCGUUCUCAAGCUAGCCUAUAGAACAAAUAGGCAACAUUAUU